UUUCAUAGAUUGGGCGGGGCCCAAUUAGGGGAGGGUUGGGUCUUUGAUAUCUUUCUUUGCCCUAUUCCAAGAUGGCGCUCAGAGCCACGCUGGUAAUGCAGCGUGAAGCCGCAAUUCUGCCAUCACCCAAGAUGGCUGCCCCCAUCAAGAUGACCGGGGUGUGCCGGAGGGAAAGGGGCAGUAUGAUGGUCUGACAUGGUCUAGCGUCGGACCAUGUGGAAGUUUCUAGGACUGGGGAGCUGGAUGAUGGGGGGUGGGGCCCGUGGAGGGUAGAGGGAGCAAUAGCGUUCUUUCCCAGGCUAACCUCUGCCCCUCCCGGUCCUCUGGACUAAAAUGGGGAAUACGCUGGGCCUGGCACCGAUGGGGACUUUGCUCCGCCGGAGCCCCCGCCGAGAGGAACCUUUGCCCAACCCUGGGAGCUUCGAUGAGCUGCAUCGGCUAUGCAAAGAUGUAUUCCCUGCACAGAUGGAGGGAGUGAAGCUCGUUGUCAACAAGGUUCUGAGCAGCCAUUUCCAGGUGGCUCACACCGUACACAUGAGUGCCCUGGGCUUGCCAGGCUAUCACCUCCAUGCGGCCUAUGCAGGGGACUGGCAGCUUAGCCCCACUGAGGUGUUCCCCACUGUGGUAGGGGAUAUGGACAGCAGCGGCAGCCUCAACGCCCAGGUCCUGCUUCUCUUGGCAGAGCGGCUCCGAGCUAAGGCUGUCUUCCAGACGCAGCAGGCCAAGUUCCUGACAUGGCAGUUUGAUGGAGAGUAUCGGGGAGAUGACUACACAGCCACUCUGACCCUAGGAAAUCCUGACCUGAUUGGGGAAUCUGUGAUCAUGGUCGCUCACUUCCUACAGAGUCUCACUCAACGGCUGGUGCUGGGAGGAGAGCUAGUUUAUCACCGGCGGCCAGGCGAAGAGGGGGCCAUCUUGACACUGGCUGGGAAGUACUCGGCUGUACACUGGGUAGCUACAUUGAAUGUGGGAUCAGGCGGGGCCCAUGCCAGUUAUUACCACAGGGCAAAUGAACAGGUUCAGGUUGGAGUGGAGUUUGAGGCAAACACAAGGCUACAAGACACAACCUUCUCCUUUGGUUACCACCUGACUCUGCCCCAGGCCAACAUGGUGUUUAGAGGCUUGGUGGAUAGUAACUGGUGUGUAGGUGCUGUGCUGGAGAAGAAGAUGCCCCCCUUGCCUGUCACCCUAGCCCUUGGAGCCUUCCUCAAUCACUGGCGCAACAGAUUCCACUGUGGCUUCAGCAUCACUGUGGGCUGAGGUGGUCCCAGAGCCAGUCCCCACAGCAGCUGGAACCUCUGAGUCAGGUGCCCUAGGGCCAGAGACUCGGCUCCUCUCCAGAGUCCACCUUGCUGGGUGACCUCUAGGUCCCAGGAACAGAGUGGGGGACAGGACCAUACUCUCCUCAGAACUGGAGCUGCCACAGGGGCAGCUGAUGAGGCAGUGGUUUGAGGCUCCAGCCACUACUACGAGCCCCACUAUCAUCUUCCCCAUGCUCUUGUGGCUUUGGACUAAGGGAAGAGGAUUAAGGGGUAUGUCUGGCUGAAUUUCUCCCCUGCCCCACUUCUUUCGUCAUUUCUCUUUGGUUAAUCCUGCAUGGGAUUAGCUUACCACCCUGUUUUCCAUCCCAGAGCCUCCAAAGGCUGGAAAAGUAGGGCUGAAGGGCCAAAUCUCUGGCCUCAGAAAGCGGGGCCCACCCAUUCCCAGAAGGAGCUUCAUUACCUCUUAGCCCUGAGGCUUCCUCCUUCCCCAUCUUCUGUGCUUCCAGAGAACAACUUUAUUUCCAUAGUCACCGCCCACUACCCCAUGACCGCAUGAAGAGGCAGUUAUUGCUUUAGACUUUCAUUGCAACCACUGGGCUCCCUUUCUCCUGGGCCCAAUCUCUGGUCACAGCAUUUUUCUCUUUCCGGUCCAGUGUGCACCAGGUGAGCUGGGGAAGGGAGGGAGCCUGGGCCUCAGCUGCAGAUCUCCUGGAUCAGGGGCAUCAUGGCAAGCAAUCCCUGGAUGCGCUGGAUUUGGUACCUGUAUCUGUCGUUAAUGCUCCGAAGCUCAACUAACAGGCCUAGCAGCUUCGCAUAUAGAAACCUGUGGAGGAAGUAGUGUGGUUGCCAGAAAAAUAGGAGGGAAAAAAGGCAGCUGAGAGUCUUGUUUUGAGGCCCUGAUCCCCUAAACUGUCCCUCAGUGAAACUAGGUCUGAACAUUAGAGAAAAUCGUGCUCUGGUAUGAUAAAUUUAUCAAAGGUCCCAAAGGUCCCCCAGGGGGCCCUCUGUCUGACACUAUCAUCUUUCAUCAUGCCCCAUUUUUCCUGAACCCAGAGCUCUGAAAGCCAAGUGUGAAGAAAGCCCUGGACUUAGCUAGAAAUUCAACUGUAUGGGAUCUGAGGGCCUAGCCUUCUAGAGCAGAUUCUAGAAGGUGGGUGUGUUCUAUGGUAUCAAGCGUCCCCUUUCUGGCCAAACUGCCUCAUGGAGGAAGUGGUGCAUACCUCAAAGCCUGGAAAGAUCAUGGACUAUUGAACCAGGAACUGGCUUUGGCCAUGAAACUAUGAAUGGCCACAACUUAAAAGGAAAUGAAAAAUGGAAGGAAUUGGUCCAAUGGAGAGGAGAGGAAGGGCCAUGGGGAAAGAAUGAACAAGACUCUUAAAAAUCUGCUUUAGUCUGGAGUGGUUGGACUAGUGAGGUGAUGGAUGUCAUCAAUCUCAGGAAUGCUAUUAUACACAGCCUGUGAGCUACUUUGCAUCUCUACUGAAUAAAAAAAUCUGGAAAAAGUGAGAUGAAACAGCAGUAAGAGCAAUUUGGAUGCUGGAACUAUGUGAGACAGGGAUGCCUAGAGGGAAGGGAUAGACCAAAAGAGACCUGGUUUCCCAAAGGAAAGGACAGUAAAAAUUAUUCCUCCCAA